AUGUCGCGCUACUUGACCCCCGCCAAAAUUGGGCUCCUCGCCCUCAUCGACAUCUACGUCUCAGGGACCGUCCCCACCGAUGCGACAGUCCCUGUGCUGCACUUCAUUGCCUUGCACCUCAUCGAUAAUGUCAGGCCAGCCAAUGGACCUCAAACCGAUCGAAGGGAUUCUUCUUCGUCAACGGCACCUCCAUCAGCAACAUCAUCUUCGGCGUCCUCAGAACGAUGGCAAAAGGCCGAAAGCGUGGCGGCCAUCGUGGCCUCUAUUCACGAAUUCGAAAAAGUCCUUUCGCCGUUUAGCGCCGCCAUCUCCCUCCCAGGCCGCGGAUUGUGGGAUGCAUUCCUCAAGAAGCUAUGGCGCAUCGAUUCUUUGGACGGCCUACAUCGCUUCUUUGGCGAGGAACUGCAGCGUCUGCUCGCCCUCACCAAGGAGGAACGCCGCGUCCUAACCGAGCAGGGCAGGGAGCUGCCGUCAGACGAUGCGGUACGCCUCUCAAGAAAUUCACCCUUUGGCACUUUUGUGCGACGGGCUCAGCUGGAAUUUUCUCGCUUGUCCUUCCAGAAGGCAGCAGAGCUCUGGGCAGCGUUUGUCAAAUACAGGCAGCCGACAGCACACUACUGGCGCAAGAGAAAUCCGGGAAUCGAUGGCUUCUCUUUUGAUAGUGUGCUCCUUGCAGGCCAGCAUGACUGGGGUACUGGCACCGGAGAUAUUGUCGAUGUUGUCUAUGGCGACCUCAAGGAGAAAGCCGGUUCCAAGGAAGUACCAAUCAGCACCGACGAUAUAGAGUCUCUAAUCGAGUUUCAGGUUAACCAAAUGCAGAAGUACGGCUGUCGUAUUCAUCCUGACGUUCGUUCCAAGUUCACUGAGCUUGUUCAAGGCGAGGUUCUUGUGCCAAGCUUGUCACAUUAUCUUAGCUUUCUGGAGGCCUGGAGGUCGGGUGACUACCCAACGUCUUUCGAUUAUCUGCAUCGAUACUUCGACUAUACAAUGCAAAACAGAGAUCGUCUAUUUUACCAAUAUGCGCUGCUCAACCUCGCCGUCUUACAAGCCGACUUUGGAUGCUUUGAAGAAGCACUGUCUGCCAUGUUGGAGACAGUAACCACAGCCCGUGAGAACAGAGACAAUGCCUGUCUUAACUUCGCACUCAAUUGGCUUUUCCAGUUUGGUAAAUCACAUCCAAACCUUGUACGUGAUCUCGAAAAAGGUAGCAUGCUCGGCCUCGGCAAAGAAACCCUUGUCUUUCUUCGCGUCAAGGCCAAGGAGGUUGGUAGCUGGACGCUAUGGAGUGCUGCCUUGCUUAGCGAGGCAAAAUUGGCUCUCACUAGCGGCGAGAGCAUUGCAACAGCUGCCGAGUACAUGGCGCGAUCCUCUCGUCUUGUCGUGGCCCACAAUCUCAAGAUGUGCAUCGGGUCCCAGCUCUCCCUGCAGAUUGCCCUAUGGGACCGGCUGGGGUGUUCAGUGCUAUCUCGCAUGAUGUGUGAGGUUUACCUAUGCGCACAUUCUCGCGACGCCGUCUUUGAAGAUGAGCUCAAAAUUACUUGCAGGUUAGCGGGCAUACUGGCCGGACGUGGACGUUACGAUGAAGCAAUGGAUCGUUUGGAAUCCAUUGACCGCGACGCGCUGCGUGCGUGGAAAGCGGGCCAGUACUGGCACCGCUAUCGUGCACUCAUCAAACUCCGGCGCGAACUGCACCGCAAGGAGCAAACUGCCUCGGAUCACCUGCUAAACCAGCUGCUACAAUCUCGGCCUGACGACUUUGAGCCUGACUUGGCUUAUAUAGUCGAAACAUUGCACGUGGAGAACCUUGUUCGCAAGAAUGAGCUACAAGCAGCACUGAAAAAGAUCAACGACCAGAUCGCUGAGCAUCGCGACCAGGGCCGUGAUGUAGGUCUGCGCGUCAGGUUGCUAAUCGUCAAGGCGAACCUAUACGAACGCGCAGGUCGCCCUCAAAAAGGUUUUACGCUCGCGGUACGUGCUGCUUCGGCAGCGUGGCGCGCCAGGCUGCUGCCCGCGCUGUGGCUGGCUCUGAGCACGCUUUCAAAUAUACUGGUUGCGCUGGGCGAGUUUGCCGAGGCCGCAAGGCUGCUGCACCAAGUGAUACCACGGGCGCUCGAGUGUGACGCUUCCUUCAUGGCCGGGAUUCUAUACUCAGUUCUCGGUGACGCCAACAUGGGGCUUGCCGGUAGGCUGUCUGAGGAAGCACUCAUGGUCAUGAACAGUCUAACGCCCCGGGCGCUCAAGAGGACAUCAGAUAUACCUAUGGGAAUGGAUGACACCACGCCCGCCCCGAUAUCAUUAUUAUCGGCGGCAGUGGCCGCCGCAGCAAUCCAGAGCAAAGAUGGCAAUACCCCACCAACCGCAGCGCAGCGCAUGAUGGAGUACAUGACGCAGGCCACCGAGGCGUUUGAAAGCGCGUACGGUCACUUUGCUGCGAUUGAGGACCUUGAGAAGCAGUGCGAAAUGCGUGCAAAGCAGGCGGCGGUGAUGCGGGCCGUGGGAGAUAACGACAGGGCAGAGGACUAUGCUGCCAAGUAUCUCGCAUUGCGUAGAUGUGGGGUUGCAUCCCCGUCUGCGAGGGCGUGA